CGCGCCUCCCCGGCGCGGGCUCCCGGCGCCUCCCCGCCCUCGGAACCGCGACCCCUCCCUGCCAUGUAUCCGCAAGGCCGACAUCCGGCUCCCCAUCAACCCGGGCAGCCCGGAUUUAAAUUCACGGUGGCCGAGUCUUGUGACCGGAUCAAAGACGAGUUCCAGUUCCUGCAAGCUCAGUAUCACAGCCUCAAAGUGGAGUACGACAAGCUGGCCAACGAGAAGACGGAGAUGCAGCGCCAUUACGUGAUGUAUUAUGAGAUGUCCUACGGCUUGAAUAUUGAAAUGCACAAACAGACAGAGAUCGCGAAGAGACUGAACACCAUUUUAGCCCAGAUCAUGCCUUUCCUGUCACAAGAGCACCAGCAGCAGGUGGCUCAGGCGGUGGAACGCGCCAAGCAGGUUACCAUGACGGAGCUGAACGCCAUCAUCGGGGUACGUGGACUCCCCAGUCUUCCAUUCACCCAGCAGCUCCAGGCCCAGCACCUGUCCCACGCCACGCACGGCCCCCCGGUCCAGCUGCCACCCCACCCGUCAGGCCUCCAGCCUCCUGGGAUACCCCCGGUGACUGGGGGCAGUGCCGGGCUGCUGGCCCUCGGCGCCCUGGGCAGCCAGGCCCAUCUUGCCGUGAAGGAUGAGAAGAGCCAUCAUGAACUGGACCACAGAGAGAGAGACUCGAGCGCGAAUAACUCGGUGUCGCCCUCAGAAAGUCUCCGGGCCAGCGAGAAGCACCGGGGCUCUGCUGACUACAGCAUGGAAGCCAAGAAAAGGAAAGCCGAGGAGAAGGACAGCUUGAGCCGAUACGACAGUGAUGGGGACAAGAGUGACGAUCUGGUGGUGGAUGUCUCGAAUGAGGACCCUGCCACACCCCGGGUCAGCCCCGCACACUCUCCUCCCGAGAACGGCCUGGACAAGGCCCGGGGCCUAAAGAAGGACGCCCCUGCCAGCCCUGCCUCGGUGGCCUCCUCCAGCAGCACGCCGUCCUCCAAGACCAAAGAACUUGGUCAUAAUGACAAGUCCUCCACUCCCGGGCUCAAGUCCAGUACGCCAACGCCAAGAAACGAUGCCCCCACGCCAGGCACCAGCACGACCCCGGGGCUCCGGGCCAUGCCCGGUAAACCUCCAGGCAUGGACCCCAUAGGUAUAAUGGCCUCUGCCCUGCGCGCCCCCAUCUCCAUCACCGGCUCCUACGCCGCCCCCUUUGCCAUGAUGAGCCACCACGAGAUGAACGGCUCCCUCACCAGCCCCAGUGCCUACGCCAGCCUCCACAACAUCCCACCCCAGAUGAGUGCGGCCGCCGCUGCCGCCGCUGCCUAUGGCCGGUCACCAAUGGUGAGCUUUGGAGCUGUUGGUUUCGACCCUCACCCCCCCAUGCGGGCCACGGGCCUGCCUUCCAGCCUCGCCACUAUUCCCGGAGGGAAACCAGCAUACUCAUUCCACGUGAGCGCUGAUGGGCAGAUCCAGCCGGUGCCCUUCCCCCACGAUGCCCUGGCAGGCCCCGGCAUCCCCAGGCACGCCCGGCAGAUCAACACCCUGAGUCACGGGGAGGUAGUGUGCGCCGUGACCAUCAGCAAUCCCACCCGGCAUGUCUACACGGGGGGCAAGGGCUGUGUGAAGAUCUGGGACAUCAGCCAGCCGGGCAGCAAGAGCCCCAUCUCCCAGCUCGAUUGCCUGAACAGGGACAACUACAUCCGCUCAUGCAAGCUGCUGCCGGACGGGCGCACACUCAUCGUGGGCGGUGAAGCCAGCACGCUCACCAUCUGGGACCUGGCCUCGCCCACGCCCCGCAUCAAGGCCGAGCUGACCUCCUCCGCGCCCGCCUGCUAUGCCCUGGCCAUCAGCCCUGACGCCAAAGUCUGCUUCUCCUGCUGCAGCGACGGCAACAUUGCUGUCUGGGACCUGCACAACCAGACGCUGGUCAGGCAGUUCCAGGGCCACACGGACGGGGCCAGCUGUAUAGACAUCUCCCACGAUGGCACAAAGCUGUGGACAGGAGGCCUAGACAACACUGUGCGCUCCUGGGACUUGCGAGAGGGUCGACAGCUGCAGCAGCACGACUUCACCUCACAGAUCUUCUCUCUGGGGUACUGCCCCACCGGGGAGUGGCUGGCUGUGGGCAUGGAGAGCAGCAAUGUGGAAGUGCUGCACCACACCAAGCCAGACAAGUACCAGCUGCACCUGCAUGAGAGCUGCGUGCUGUCCCUCAAGUUUGCCUGCUGUGGCAAAUGGUUCGUGAGCACUGGGAAAGACAACCUCCUCAACGCCUGGCGGACACCGUACGGGGCCAGCAUCUUCCAGUCGAAAGAAUCCUCCUCCGUGUUGAGCUGUGACAUUUCGGCAGAUGACAAAUACAUUGUAACAGGCUCUGGUGACAAGAAGGCCACAGUUUAUGAGGUCAUCUACUGAACAAGGACUCUGACUCUGGGAGACACAAGCGUGGCUCUGGCAGGAACUGAAGAUGCCGUGAGCGGCAAGUUUGGGGUGCGCCGGCAGGCAGAGAAGCAUGCACCCCACGUGGGGCUGGGCGCCUGGCUGCAGGAUUUUCUCCUCUUCCCCUUAACAGUGCUGGCAGAUGCUACAAAUAGAUUUAUUUUGGAGGCCUUGGCUCCAGUUCCCCACAGACACCCUCAUGCGUCUCUGUCUCUUCCUCCCCCUUUCUACUGACCCUGGGGUCCAGGACACUGGAGCUGACCACAGUGCUGUGGGGGGGAGGGAGGAAGGGGAAGAUCUUGUUCCCCAUUGUACAGAGCACAGGCUUGUGAAAAUGUAAAUAACAGACACAGACUCCUAGUGCCGCGUGGCCGGGGGAGGGGGCGGCCUCGCCAGAAGCUCGUGCCUCCGUUGCCUGCUGUAUUUGUAGCCCACUCUCAUGGUGGCUUUUCUUCUCUCUCUCUCUCUCUUUCUCUCUCUCUCUCUCUCUCUC